GAUUCCUUGAGUUAUAAUAGUACUACAUUGAAAGUUUUACACUAAGAAAGUUUAGUAAUACAAUAUAAUAAAAUAAAAUAAUUUUUCUGUUUCUAUAUUUUAAAGGGUUAUUUUUAAUCUUGCAUAUAGAUUUUAUAAUGUACAGUUUAAAAACUGUUGGAAGUACUAAAAGCCCAGUAAAAGAUGAUUCAGAAAUAUUGGAGUUAGAAGAUGUUUCUAAUAAAAUUGUCGAACACACAACUGAGAAUACUGAUCAUAAGAAACUCAACAAGAGUCUUAGCAAUGAUAGAGAAAUUGAGAAAAAAUCAAUUGGUCUAUUUUUAUGGUCGAUUUUGCAGUUUUUUGGACUUGUUUCCUUAGCUAUCAUAAUUUAUACUUCUAUAAAAUUUAAACAUGGUUUUUUUGGAGAAUUGGAUAGUAGUAAAUCUGUUGUCAUAAACCAGUCUCAAUUAUGCAAUUGGCAUUACACACUGGCCGCGCUAGGUUUUAUAUAUCUUUUUGGAAACUCUAUCUUCAUGAUAAUAGAAAACAAAGAUGUAACAGUGUCAUUUGUAAUGUUACAUUCAUUAGCAUUUUUAACUUCAACAAUAUCCAUAGCAAUAAUUGUUAUUCGAAGAGAAAUGACUAAAGUACAUGACAGCAAUAUAUGGACUUUUAAAAGUAUUCUCUAUGGUCAUCUAUACACUUUACAUUCUUGGAUCGGUGCCACAACUCUAUUGAUGUUCUUGUUACAAUGGUUGAGUAGUGUAUUCAUUUUUAUGAUACCUUGUUUGCAAUACAAAGGAUUACCUUUGGGCAAAAAAUUUAGCUUAUCUACGUUAUUCAUAGCCACCACUGCUCUUUUGACUGGUGUCAAUGAACACGCCGUUUAUAGUUUAGUUAAUGGUUUAAUUAAAUCAGGAGCAAUGAAAUUGGAAGAUCGUCCUUUGUGGUAUGAUGUAUACAGAGCUUUUCCACCUGAUUCAGAACCACAUUAUGCUAAAUCACCAUUAAAUUAUGAAAUACAAAACAUAUUUUAUCAAGAAGAUAAAUUUCGUGCAAGUUUUCAUAAAAAAUUAGGUCAAUCAUUGUUACCACCUAUUGAUUUAAAAGGACCCGUUGAUAAAAACCCAACUAAAUUAGCUAUUGAAAGGUCAUUAGAUGAUGUUGACGAUGUUAUUAAUAGUUUAAGAAAUGAUGGAAUUUUACCCCAACCAUUUAUUAAUAGAUCAGACGGAAGAAGAUAUCAAAAAAUAAUAGAAAAUUGUAAUGAAUCAGAUAUCGCAGGAGAAUUCAAAAAAUACUUAGCAGAAAAAUCAUCUAAUACAACUAGGACGGAUAGUAGUAGUAGUAGUUAAUUGAAUAUUUUCUUUAUCAAUAGAUUAUUAAUUACCAUUAGGAAUUUAUUUGUUAGAACUUCCAUUGAUUUCUUAUUAUAAAGACCAAUAUCAUAAUACUUUAUAUUUAUAUAAUUAUCUCUACAAAAUAUUUGUAAAGGUUAAGAUAUCAGAAAUAAUAGCUAGUAUAAAUAUAAAAUAUGUAAUUUAUUUGUUCUAAUAUAUAUAUAUACAUGAAAAACCUUUAAAUAAAAUUUAUUUAAAAUAUAGUUAUAAUAAAACUAUCCAUCUGUUGAAACUUCAAAAGAAUUUA